GCUGUAGAUAUAUUGACAGGGGACCGCGGGGACAAAAACACUGUUGGCAGUGCAGAAAGGACGAGAGAAGGCUGCUGGAGCCGUCCAGGAGAUUUUAUUGUUUUGCAUUUUAACUAACAAGGCUUUUCGGCAAAUAUAUAUCUUUCCAACUUCAGCUACAGUGAUAGCUAAGUUUGGAAAGGAGAAAGGGGAGCUUUGGAGUGCGUUUAUCGAAAAUUCAAUGAACCGAGUAUCGCCUGCAUCGAAAGCCUGUACAAAGGGAAAUAAAUAUUGACUAAAUUAUUUUGAGAAAAAAAAUUACAAAUGGAUAACGCGGGACCUAAGAAACGUUAUUGUGAAUCUGUCCAAUCUUUCUUCACAUCGCCAAAGUUCCUUAUUUACCUUGGACAUGCCCUCUCCACAUGGGGAGAUCGUAUGUGGAAUUUCGCUGUAGCUGUAUUUCUGGUGGGGCUGUAUGGCAAUAGCCUCCUGCUCACGGCUGUGUACGGACUGGUGGUGGCAGGGUCAGUCCUGCUGCUCGGAGCCAUUAUCGGUGACUGGGUGGAUAAAAACCCCAGACUCAAAGUGGCCCAGACUUCACUGGUUGUCCAGAACUGUGCCGUCAUACUGUGUGGGAUCCUCUUGAUGGUGGUUUUCCAGUUCAAAGAACAGCUCUCAGAGUUAUAUAAUGGAUGGGUUCUGACAUGCUGCUAUAUCUUGGUCAUCUCCAUAGCCAACAUUGCUAACUUGGCCAGUACUGCCAUGUCCAUUACCAUCCAGAGAGACUGGGUGGUGGUUGUGGCUGGACAGGACAGCAGCAAGCUGGCAGACAUGAAUGCCACAGUACGGAUCAUCGACCAGCUAACAAACAUCCUGGCGCCUAUGUUGGUGGGCCAGAUCAUGGCUUUCUGCUCCAACUUUAUUGGCUGCGGCUUCAUCGCCGGCUGGAACCUGUGCUCUAUGUGCUUGGAGUACUGUCUGCUGUGGAAAGUCUACCAGAAAACUCCAGCACUGGCCAUGAAGGCUGUCAAGAAAGAAGACUACCAGGAACUGAAACGACUGAACUCCCCAAAAGAGCUAGAGAACGGCCAGGGCCCAGUGGAGGGCUCCCAGCUCAUGAACGAGACUGCUGUCGUCAAGGCCGACUCUCCCAGGAAGACUGGCUGCUGCUACCAGAUGGCGGAGCCCCUGCGCACCAUCCGCGAUGGCUGGGUGGCCUACUACAACCAGUCCAUCUUCUUCGCUGGCAUGUCCCUGGCUUUCCUCUACAUGACAGUGCUGGGCUUUGACUGCAUUACCACAGGCUAUGCCUACAUGCAGGGCCUCAACGGCUCUGUGCUCAGCCUGCUGAUGGGCGCCUCAGCCGUGUCGGGCAUCUGUGGCACGGUGGCCUUUACCUGGGUUCGCAAGAGCUGUGGCCUGAUCCGCACAGGCUUCAUCUCGGGUGUGGUGCAGCUCUCCUGCCUAAUGCUGUGCGUGGCGUCCGUCUUCGCACCGGGCAGCCCCUUUGACCUCAGUGUCUCGCCUUUCCAGGACAUCUAUAGCCACCUGACUGGGAAGAGCAGCGCCCUCCCGGAGGCCGCCUACCCAACUAGCGUGCUAACCAUCGAUGGUCAGGGUCUGCUGGUUAAUAGUUCGACCGUGCCGCCCACCGAGGAACUGCCGCCUCUGCAGUCCUACAUCUCAGUCAGCCUGCUGUUUUCUGGGGUCAUUGCUGCUAGAAUUGGUCUAUGGUCUUUUGACUUAACCGUGACCCAGCUCAUCCAAGAGAAUGUGAUCGAGUCGGAGAGGGGACUGAUCAACGGCGUCCAGAACUCCAUGAACUACCUCCUAGACCUUCUGCAUUUCAUCAUGGUGAUUCUGGCGCCCAACCCAGAGGCCUUCGGCCUGCUCGUCAUCCUCUCCGUCUCAUUCGUGGCUAUGGGCCACAUAAUGUACUUCAGGUUUGCCUUUAAGAGCCUCGGGCAGCGCCUCUUCCUCUGCUGCUCCCCAGAGCAGCAGACUCAGGCCCUCCCCGGCUCUCCCUCCUUGCUUCCCACCACGGUGUAACCCAUUAAAGAGACUCUUUCCCUGCUUACAGCUCUGCCUGCAGUACAAAUACCCCCUUCUCCUCCAGCCCCCUAGUCAUCAACCUAAACAUGCUUGUAGCCCCGGCAGAACUAAUGUAUUUACUUUUGCGCCUUACCCUAGCAGGUGCUGUCCUUUGUCAUUGUAGAUAGCAUUUACCGUUCGCUGAGGGAGGGUAGUGCGGCCGCAGACAGAGAAGGAGUCUCUCUCAGACAAACAACCCAGAUCAUGAGGUCAUAAGUGUAACAAAAUACCACUUCCCUACUUCCAAUAUUUAACAUGUAGCAGUCUUGUCAUGCAUUCAGCUUAAAAGCUAAAUUCAAAUGUGGAAAAUUGCAGGUAUUGCCACUUGCAGUUACUACGGUUACAGCUGGGUACUGCUCAAGUAUGUGCUAGUGCUGUUUGCAUCUCAUUACAGCUCUGCAUCAGCCGUGGGAUUCCCAUUCCCACUUGUUUCUCAGUAGUUUAUUGGUGCUAUAAAUAAUUUGUGUUAGCAUUUGUUAUUUCAGCUUUAGUAAUUAAUGCUUUAGAUGAUCAGUUCUUGCUCAUUUCUCUUUAAUACAUGGUUAUAAGGGUUAUGCAAAUGUAUUUAUUCAAGGAGCGCAAAUACUUAUGUUUAUCUAUACAUGGAGUGUACAAAAUAUUAGGAACACCUGCUCUUUCUAUGACGGACUGACCAGGUGAACGUUACAAUCCUUAUUGGUGAUACCUAAAUCCACUUCAAAGACAGGUUAAAGAAGGAUUUUAAGCCAUGAGAUAGACAUGGAUUGUGUGUGCGCCAUGGAGGGUGAAUAGGCAAGACAAAAUAUUGAAGUUCCUUUGAAUGGGGUAUUAUAGUAGAUGCCAGGUGCACCGGUUUGAGUGUGUCAAGAACUGCAAUGCUGCUGGGUUUUUCACGCUCAACAAUUUCCCGUGUGUAUCAAGAAUAGUCCACCACCCAAAGGACAGCCAGCCAACUUGACAACUGUGGGAAGCACUGGAGGAGCAGCAUCCCUGUGGAACGCUUGACACAUUGUAGAGUCCAUGCACCAACUGAUUGAGGCUGUUCUGAGGGCAAAAGGGGGUGCGACUCAAUAUUAGGCAGGUAUUCCUAAUGUUUUGUACACUCAGGUGUAUAUUCUCAAUGUGUCACCACUAUUGUCUUUCUCACCCAACAUUGGUGCUAAUGUACUAGCUAUAGCAAACAGCUGGAAAACUGUGCAAAAAAACAUUAAAAAAAACAUUAACAACGAACUCAA